AUGAACGUCUUCCCGACGCGUAUGCUACAAUUCCAACGCACAAUGGCGACCAUCGGAACCCUUCAGCGCAUUACUGCCGACAAGCUCUCCACCAUGUUGCUGGCGGAGCAGGCUGCCGCCAACCCUUCGGUGGCUGUCGUCGAUGUCCGUGACGAUGAUUACAUCGGAGGUCACAUCAAGGGCUGCAUCAACAUGCCCUCCCGCUCCCUCGAAGCCAUGAUGCCCACCCUCAUUCGCCGCCUCGAAGGCAAGAAGACCGUCAUCUUCCACUGCGCCUUGUCCCAGCAGCGUGGACCCAGCGCCGCCCUUCGCUACCUCAGAGAACGUGACCAGGUCCUCGCCUCCAAGCAGCCUUCAGGGUCAUCCGAGGAACAAGCGAGCACCCAGCCACAGGACGUCUAUGUCCUCGACCGUGGCUUCGUUGGCUGGCAAGAGGUCUACGGUGAGGACGAGAGACUGACCGAGGGAUAUCGAAAGGAGCUUUGGAAAGAUGGAUACUGGGGCUGA